AUCAUUUCACCACCACAACUCACUCACGACUAAUUGCAAAGCUUUUUUUUUUGUUUUGCGUGUGUUUUUGUCUCCAUCGCUCUUUUGUUUCCGACAUAAAGGAAAAUACAAUAUCAGACGAAUCAUUCGGUGUUUUGCUUACGAGAAGCUUCGAUCGAUCUCUUAGGUUUUAUUUUUCUUCUUCGUUUGGUUUAUGAAUCUUUCCAUUUCGUUUUCGUUGGUUUAAGCUUGAGUGAUGAAACCAGUCUCCGUGUCAGAGCUGUUUGAUCCGGUGGCUGGUAAGCUAUUACGGCGUUUUUAGCUCUGGUAUGGCUUUGUGCUUUGUGUUGGCUUGGCUAGAGUAAGAACGACGACGAGAUCACCCUUGAUUUAACUGUUUUUUUGCAUUUUCAACAAUGUCUGAACUAAAAGAGCGGCUGCUUCCUCCAAGACCUGCUUCAGCUAUGAACCUCAGAGAUACUGCUGUGUCUCGCCCUUCUGCUUCUGGAAGAGCUCCCCUUCUCGGAGUUGAUGUCCUGGGUCUGAAGAAGCGUGGACAAGGCCUACGGUCUUGGAUUCGUGUUGAUACUUCUGGCAAUACUCAGGUCAUGGAGGUUGACAAGUUCACUAUGAUGCGCAGAUGUGAUUUGCCCGCCCGUGAUUUAAGGCUGCUUGAUCCCUUGUUUGUGUAUCCCUCAACUAUCCUCGGCCGAGAAAAGGCUAUUGUCGUCAACUUGGAGCAAAUUCGUUGUAUUAUUACUGCUGAUGAGGUUCUGCUCCUCAAUUCCCUUGACAACUACGUGCUGCGUUAUGUUGUUGAGUUGCAGCAGAGACUAAAGACUAGCGCUGUAGGUGAGCUGUGGCAGGAGGAAAAUUCCCAGUUGAGUAGGAGACGGAGCAGGAGUUUUGACAAUGCUUUUGAGAAUUCAUCCCCUGAUUAUUUACCUUUCGAGUUCAGAGCUCUUGAAAUAGCCCUUGAAGCUGCUUGUACCUUUCUCGAUUCUCAGGCUUCAGAGUUGGAGAUUGAGGCAUACCCGUUAUUAGAUGAGCUUACCUCGAAGAUCAGUACACUAAACUUGGAGCGUGUACGUAGAUUAAAGAGCAGGCUUGUGGCAUUGACAAGAAGAGUUCAGAAGGUUCGGGAUGAGAUCGAGCAGCUAAUGGAUGAUGAUGGAGAUAUGGCAGAAAUGUAUCUAACAGAGAAGAAGAAGAGAAUGGAAGGUUCUUUGUACGGUGACCAAUCCAUAAUGGGUUACAGGUCAAAUGAUGGUCUAUCUGUUUCUGCACCAGUUUCUCCUGUUUCUUCUCCACCUGAUUCCCGAAGGCUUGAUAAAAGCUUGAGCAUUGCAAGGAGCCGGCAUGACAGUGCAAGGAGCUCAGAAGGCGUCCAGGAGAACAUCGAAGAGCUAGAGAUGUUGCUGGAAGCUUAUUUUGUCGUCAUUGAUAGCACUCUAAACAAGUUGACAUCGUUGAAGGAGUACAUUGAUGACACUGAAGAUUUCAUUAACAUUCAACUGGAUAAUGUGCGGAAUCAGCUGAUCCAGUUUGAGUUGCUUCUGACGACUGCAACAUUUGUUGUAGCAAUAUUUGGGGUGGUAGCUGGGAUCUUUGGGAUGAACUUUGAGAUAGACUUCUUCAACCAGCCAGGUGCAUUCAGAUGGGUACUCAUAAUCACUGGAGUAUGUGGACUUGUUAUUUUUUCGGCAUUCGUCUGGUUCUUCAAGUAUAGGAGACUCAUGCCUCUAUAAGAAGAUAGAGAGAGAUAGACAUGAAUGUGCCUCCCCCAGAAAAGUAGACAUAAACUUCUCUAUUGUUAUGUUGCUUACAGAUUAAUGAUUUGUUUCCUUUCCACAAUGGAAUCUUAAGCAUUUUUAUUA